CCUGGUGGUAUCAGAUGGUAUCUCCGUUUCAUGAGUAGCAAGACCUAAGCUAUCACUGGACGCAUAAAGGACUUUGCUAAAUUGGCAGGGACAAGGGAAAUGGCGACCUCAGUCGAUGGGACUGAGACUGUGGGUGAAGCUGCUGGGACCACACCCUAUGACUAUGAGGGGGCACUGCCAUGUGAAAAAAGCAACAUCAAGGAGCUGGGGGCCCAGCUCCUGCCCCCACUGUAUUCCCUGGUGUUCACGGUUGGUAUGCUGGGCAAUGUAGUGGUGGUGGUGAUCCUCACAAAAUACAAUAAGCUCCGCAUUAUGACCAACAUCUACCUGCUCAAUUUGGCCAUUUCGGACUUGCUCUUCUUAUUCACUCUGCCGUUCUGGAUUCACUAUGUUGGGUGGAAUGAGUGGGUUUUUGGCCACCAUAUGUGUAAGUUGCUCUCUGGGCUCUAUUACAUGGGCUUGUACAGUGAGAUCUUCUUCAUCAUACUCCUGACCAUAGACCGGUAUCUGGCCAUCGUUCACGCCGUGUUUGCCCUUCGAGCCCGGACGGUCACUUUUGGUAUCAUCACCAGCAUCUUCACCUGGGUCCUGGCAGGGUUAGCAGCCCUCCCUGAAUUUAUCUUCCAUGAGUCCCAAGAGGAGUCUGAACAGACUUUCUGCAGUCCUCUUUACCCAAAGAAUAGAGAAAAUGCCUGGAAGUGUUUCUAUGCUCUGAGGAUGAGUAUCUUGGGUCUCGCUCUGCCUCUGCUCGUUAUGGCCAUCUGCUACUCAGGAAUCGUUAAAACACUGCUGAGAUGCCCCAGUAAAAAAAAAUACAAGGCCAUCCGGCUCAUUUUUGUCAUCAUGGUGGUCUUCUUUAUUUUCUGGACACCCUACAAUCUGGUUGUCCUUCUCUCAACUUUUCAAAUGCACCUGGAGACUGACUGUGAGCAGAGCAGACAGCUGGACCUCGCCAUGCUGGUGACGGAGGUGAUCGCCUACACCCACUGCUGUGUCAACCCCGUGAUCUACGCCUUCGUUGGUGAGAGGUUCCAGAAGCACCUCCGCCACUUCUUCCACAGGCAUGUGGCCAUCUACCUGGGCAAAUUCAUCCCAUUUCUUCCUAGUGAAAAACUGGAAAGAGCCAGCUCUGUCUCCCCAUCAACAGGGGAGCAGGAACUCUCUGCUGUAUUUUAG